AAUAAUAAUAAUUCAUUCAUAUGUGCUAUGAUUAUAUUGUUUCCUCCUUCAAACACCAUCACUUAAUUUUAUUUAAUUUCUUUACAUGAACAAAUAAUUCAUCACUAUUAUAGAUAAGACGGUAAAGCUCGAGAAAGAAUUGUUUUAAGUUAUAGUUACCAUACCGAUGGCAUCGGUAAGUGUGGUUCCAGCUUCUGCAGUGAAAGAACCUAGUGAGAAUGCAGUUGGCGCGGAAAGGUUGCCAGAUGAAAUGAGUGACAUGAGAAUUCGGGACGAUAGGGAAAUGGAACCUGCAAUAGUUGAUGGAAAUGGGGCAGAGACGGGCCAUAUCAUUGUGACUACCAUUGGCGGUAGAAAUGGCCAGCCAAAACAGACAAUUAGUUACAUGGCCGAGCGUGUUGUUGGGCAUGGGUCUUUUGGAGUUGUGUUUCAGGCCAAGUGUUUAGAAACAGGAGAAGCUGUGGCUAUCAAGAAGGUUCUGCAGGAUAAGAGGUACAAGAACCGGGAGCUACAAACCAUGCGCGUGUUGGAUCACCCAAACGUUGUUGCUUUGAAGCAUUGUUUCUUUUCAACAACAGAAAAGGAAGAACUGUAUCUAAAUCUUGUAUUAGAGUAUGUUCCUGAAACCGUUCAUCGAGUGAUUAAACACUACAACAAGAUGAAUCAAAGGAUGCCCAUGAUUUAUGUCAAACUAUACAGUUACCAGAUUUUCAGAGCCCUGGCCUACAUUCAUGGUAGUAUUGGAGUGUGUCAUAGGGAUAUCAAACCUCAAAAUUUACUAGUAAACCCACAUACCCAUCAGGUCAAGCUGUGCGACUUUGGAAGUGCGAAAGUUUUGGUUAAAGGAGAGCCAAACAUUUCUUACAUAUGUUCAAGGUAUUAUCGUGCACCUGAGCUAAUAUUUGGGGCCACCGAAUAUACUACAGCGAUAGAUAUCUGGUCUGGUGGAUGUGUUUUGGCAGAACUGCUGCUUGGACAGCCUCUUUUUCCUGGUGAGAGUGGAGUUGAUCAGUUAGUCGAGAUCAUAAAGGUUUUGGGUACCCCAACAAGAGAAGAGAUCAAGUGCAUGAACCCCAACUACACAGAAUACAAGUUCCCUCAGAUUAAAGCCCACCCGUGGCAUAAGAUAUUCCAUAAGCGGAUGCCUCCAGAAGCUGUUGAUCUUGUUUCAAGGCUCCUGCAGUACUCCCCAAAUCUUCGAAGCACUGCUUUGGAGGCAAUGAUCCAUCCCUUUUUUGACGAGUUACGUGAUCCUGCUACCAGGCUACCAAAUGGGCGUUUUCUUCCACCACUUUUCAAUUUUAAGCCUCAUGAGCUUAAAGGGGUACCUGUGGAGAUGCUUAUAAAGUUGGUCCCAGAGCAUGCCAGAAAGCAUUGUGCAUUCCUUGGAUUGUAAAAGUAAGAGAAGGAAGCUUUUGGAUUCUCGAUUGUUUAUUUAUUCCUUGUAGCUGUGUGCCUAUUAUUUCUUAGAAGUAAAACCAGAACAAGCUAUAUGUUAUCACCAUAUGAAUAUGCUGACCCUUGUGAAUUGGAAAACGUAAAUGUAAUCCUAUGUUCAGUGCCA